ACUGUAGCGUCUGCUUGCGAUGAACUUCGUUAGUCUGUCAAGGUUAUGUCAAUUUUCACAAAGUAUCGGCAAACAACAAUCAAUUCUUUUACAAUGGACCGCACAAAUACAUAUGAGCUCUCCUCGAAAAACAGUGGAAAUACCAACAGGUGAUCCGAUCGAUGCUUAUUUCAGAACAAAACAGAAAUAUGAAUCAAAGAAACUUCCACCAAACGUUAACCCUAGAGGAGUAUUUGCUUGCAAUGAAUUGGAUCUGGAUGAAGUUAAGGUGUAUGGAUUUGAUUAUGACUACACACUGGCAGUAUAUAAACCUUCAAUGGAUUUUUUAUUAUAUAACUUGGGACGAGAUACUCUCAUAUCAAAAUUUAAGGCCUUUUGUUGUAGUACCCGGAAGAGAUCGGUAGGUUGGAGUACACGCCAGGGUUUGCAAUUAGAGGACUUCACUACGACAUCGAGAAAGGUUUGUUGAUGAAGAUCGACUCGUUCCUGCAGAUCCAGUUGGGUACUGUGUACCGUGGGCUAUCUCCGGUCUCUGAUGAGGAAGUGCUACGACUGUACAAGAACAAGAUCAUCCCUCUAGCCUACGUUGAAACACACGGCAAGAGUGCACAGACAAAACGUCUUCAAAGGUUUAUUGAAAUAAACAUCAACCGUGUUGCCCUGUCCUAUUUCACCUCCAAGAUGGUUCAGCUGGCUGACAUGUUCUCAGUGCCUGAGAUGGCGCUUCUCUGCAAUAUUGCAGAAUAUUUUGAGAAAAAUGGCAUUGAUUAUCAUCCAGAAAUUUUGUUUAGGGAUGUCAAGAGUUCAGUUGGCUCCUCACAUCCAGUGAUGCACAAUCUCCUUCAGAAGGAUGUCUCCAGAUACAUAGAAAAGAACCCAGGCAUUGUUCAUUUCUUCCAAAGACUGGUUGACGCUGGUAAAAAACUCUUCCUCGUCACAAACAGCCCAUAUAAAUUUGUCAACAAGGGAAUGUCUUGGAUGGUAGGAGAUGAUUGGGAGAACUACUUUGAUGUGAUUAUUGUUCAAGCUCGCAAACCUCUCUUUUUUACUGAUGAAUCGAGACCUCUUCGCGUUUAUGACAAGGAAAAAGACACGUACCUAUGGGACAGAGUUACAGAAUUGAAAAAAGGGACUAUUUAUUUUGAGGGUACGAUCUCACAGCUGAAGGACAUGACUGGCUGGUAUGGCAGCGAGGUGUUGUACUUCGGAGACCAUCCUUACAGUGACCUGGCAGAUGUGACUCUGGAGCACGGCUGGCGCACCGGUGCCAUUAUUAACGAGCUAGUGGUAACUUGUCUCCACUUCCUACAAACCAUUUAGAUAUUUCACUAAACUAAGUUUUCAAUAGAAAUAAUUAUUCGAACUAUUUUAUUUUAUUUUGUGGUAUUGUACAUAUAAAUCUGUGAAUCCCUAGUUCUUUAACACUACAACUGGCAUGUAAAGAAUUGUCGCCAAAGGUCUGUCUAAUUUGGCAGCGACGAAUAUUCGUCGCCAAAGUAGAUGUGUAAAGUUAUUUAAAUUUUAGGUAUUUAAGGUCAUAUAAAUGAUAUUUAUUUGAUAUCUGUUCUCACUUUGAUUAUCGUACAACAUUGUACAUCGUUCUCAACGGAUAGCUGACUUGAACGUAAUACUUGUCAGCCACAUUGAUGCGUUAUCCAUAUGGUUGUUGUGAAACUAUACAUAAGUGCCGGCUUUUAUAUUUGGUGUUACAAAUCCAAUAUUAUUUGUGGAAAAUGUAUUUUAUAGUGUUUUAGUGUUGUUAUUAUUGUGGUUUAGUUUUCUUAAGUUAUAGUUUUAGUUCUUCAUUAUGGGGCUUUAG